AUGGCUCGCAAGUUCUUUGUCGGCGGUAACUUCAAGAUGAACGGAACCAAGGAGUCCAUCAAGAGCAUCGUCCAGGGCUUGAACAAGGCGCAAUUGGAUCCCAAUGUUGAGGUCGUAAUUGCCCCCCCGGCCCUCUACCUCCAGCUUGCGCAAGAUGAGGUGAAGCAGGCCACCGUCAAGGUGUCGGCGCAGAACGUCUACGACAAGCCCAACGGCGCCUACACGGGCGAGAUCAGCGUGGCCCAGCUCAAGGACAGCGAGAUCCACUGGACCAUCCUGGGCCACUCCGAGCGCCGGACCAUCCUGGGCGAGACGGACGAGGUGGUGGCCUCCAAGACCAAGUCCGCCAUCGACGGUGGCGUCAGCGUGGUCUGGUGUUGCGGCGAGUCGCUCGAGGAGCGCGAGGCCGGCAACACGGUCGCCGUCGUCGAGCGCCAGCUGGCCGCCCUCGCCGCCAAGGUCUCGGGUGACGACUGGAAGAAGAUCGUCAUCGCCUACGAGCCCAUCUGGGCCAUUGGCACUGGCAAGGUCGCCACCGUCCAGCAGGCCCAGGAGGUGCACGAGGCCAUCCGCAAGUGGCUCAAGGCCAAGGUUAGCGACGCCGUCGCCGAGGAGACCCGGAUUCUCUACGGUGGCAGCGUCAACGGCAAGAACUGCAAGGACCUGGCCAAGGAGAAGGACAUUGACGGUUUCCUCGUUGGCGGUGCCAGCUUGAAGCCCGAGUUCGUCGACAUCAUCAACUCCAACCUGUAA